UUGGCAAGGAGGCGCUCGACAGGGGCUGAAGCCUAUCGGGCCGCCGACCCACCUGACCUUGAUGCCGUGGCCAAGGAGUUCGGGUUCAGCGACGCCGAGCACCUCUACGCGGCCCUUGGCAACGGGGACCUGUCCAUCGGCAAGGUCAUCAGCAGAAUAGCUCCGCCCGAACCCAAGCGGCGCGCGCUCCGGCCCCAAGACCGCAGAGACAUCCGCAUCCAAGGCAUGCAAAACCUGAUGAUCUCUUUGGCAACUGCGCACUCGCGCUGGGACCGCACGUACUUGCUCGCGGACAUCGCGGGGGCGAUCAGCGACGCUGGCUCCAACAUCCGCGACUCCACUACCCGCACCGAUGGCCACAUCGCCGAACAGGACUUCUGGAUCGACGUCACCGACAACGAGCAACUGCGCCAGGCCAUAGACCAAAUCGAGCGCAUCGAGGGCGUUUUGGAAGUGCUGCGCGUGGAUGAGCCUGCAAACGGCGACCUGCUGCCUUAG